GCGCCUGCACAGAGUCGAGGAAUAAUGCAUCGAUCAGGGUGUGGCUCUCGGUACACAACGCUGAUCCGCAUAUGAACUCGCCUCCUGCAGGUCCCGAGUUUUACCUCAUCUGGUUAUCUAUGACUCCUUAGUCAGGUGGGAUGGUGCAUGUGAGUGUUUAUAAAGCAGAGGUGAAAUUCAGCACAAUCAACACAGAGCCGCAACAGCUGAGUAUCCAGCAUCCCCUUACACUGAUCUCUCCACCUGCUUCAUAAUGUGGAACGCUGCACUUCUAGCUUUGUGUCUGCUGCUGGCUGGCGUGAGGGCAAUAGAUCGGCCCUCGUAUGGUGUUAAACUGUGUGGCCGGGAGUUUAUUCGUGCUGUCAUCUUCACCUGCGGAGGAUCACGUUGGAGACGCUCCAUCACAAGCACAGAUGAACUAAGUCUAGACACCUUCAGCUCAGACUUCAACGAUGCUGCAGAUAGCUGGGGUCGGUCCUCUGGUCCAAACUUCUUCUUCCAACACGACUCUGAGCCCGAUUCUUUUGGAAUGGCACAAAAUGGGCAGGAAGGUGAUGGGUUCAGCCGGCCUGUUCGCUCCCUCAUCUCGGAUGACGUACUGGAAGCCCUGCGAAGCUCCAGCAGGAUGGGCCGAGACGUGGUAAUAGGACUGUCCAAUGCCUGCUGCAAGUGGGGCUGCAGCAAAAGUGAGAUUAGCUCCCUGUGCUGAGAAUGUCCUUUAUGUGUGUGUGUGUGUGUCACUGUUUAGGCCAAUCUCUUUUAUGAUUUUG